CUUCUCGCUGCCCCGGGAGGCGACGAAAUUGCACCAAGUAGAUGACUAACUGAUUCAAGUAAUUAAGUCAUCUUUAUUACACCCAAUUGGUUCAUUCAGCUUUAACCUUUAUUACCCUUGUGGCCUGUACCACGCCUUCCAGCCUAAUUACAUCCUUCGUCAGCCGACACAUAAUGGCAUUAAUCAUCACCGUAUUGUCAUGAGAUUACCAAUACCAAAUCAUACACAAACACUCGGAGAUAGUCGAAGCGUUAACGCCGCGAUGUUAAGCUUUAGGUGUAGAGCCAACCGAACAACUGAGCAAUAGUUUAAAUCUAUAAGACCCGGCCGAAUCGCUUUGUGGCAGAAACAAUGAACAACAACCGACUGGUCUCCAUCCGACUCGACACUCGAAACCCGAUUUGAUAAUAAGAUGGUUUCGCUCACCUUCCCACUCUGCGUGUUUGCGGUACUCAAGUUGGUGUCCCCCGUGGCCACAUCUUCAAUUCUAUUUACUGCCGGCACCAUCAUCGCUUUCGACCAUGAAGCGAACGACCUAAAUGUCAUCCGCAAUGGAAACAUUCUCAUUGAGCAAGACCGCAUUACCGGCAUAUGGUCGAAUGAGAAAAAGCCUUCGGUAUCAAUCCCUCCCAACACCACAGUUAUAGAUGCAGCAGGCAAGAUCAUCAGCCCUGGCUUUAUCGAUACACACCGUCAUGGCUGGCAAACCCUGUUCAAAACCAUGUUCUCCAAUAUAACCCUCCCUGAAUAUUUCGGCCGCUUUGGAGAGCACGCUUCUGCCGGGCGCAUUGAUGCUGAGCAGGUAUACAUCGGCCAGCUCGCCGGCCUUUACGAAGCACUGAAUGCAGGCACUACCACUUCGCUGGAUCACGCUCACCAUACCUGGUCAGACGAGACAUCUUGGGCUGGCUUGAAUGCCAGUAUAGACAGCGGCGCACGUGUGUUCUGGUCAUACGCCUUCCACGAAGUUGCCAACUAUACCAUCGCGCAGCAGAUUGUGAACUACCGGGAUAUCGUAAAUGCUGCCCCAGAGAGGGAUACAGCUGUUGAACUCGGUAUGGCUUUUGAUAGCUUUGACAACGGCUCUGUGGACCAAGAAACAAUUGCGUCGAUUGUCAACUUGGCUAAGGAAAUCAAUGCCUCGGUACUCACAACCCACAGUGGAGGAGGCGUAUAUGGAAAUGAGAACUCUGCUACCACUUUGCAAUCUCUGGGCAUCCUCAAUACAAGCAUCCCCGUCGUGUUUUCGCACGCGUCGUACAUCACUUUGCGGGACGUGAUGCUAUUGCGAAGCACGAAUCAGCACAUAGCUAUCACGCCCGAGUCGGAGAUGGGGUUUGGACUCGGACGUCCGUCUAGCAACAUGGUCUUGGACCAGGCUGCCCUCGGAGUUGACACGCACGCGUUUCAGUCAUCCGAUCUGGUGUCUCAAGCGCGCCUUUAUCUUCAGAGCACACGCUCAGCGGUCACUGACGAGCUAUUUAAAAAGUGGCAGAUUCCCAAGUCUACCCCCAUGAGCGUCGUGCAGGCUUUUCUUCUUGCCACACGUAACGGGGGCCUCGCCCUUCGCCGACCAGACCUUGGCAUUCUCAGUGUAGGUGCCAAGGCUGAUGUCGUAGUGUGGGACGGGACCAGCCCCAGUUUGCUAGGCUGGCUUGACCCUGUGGCGGCCAUCAUUUUGCACUCCAAUGUCGGUGAUGUGGAGCAUGUUCUUGUUGAUGGAAAAUUCGUGAAGCGCAAUCACAGGCUGGUCGUUGGGGACUAUGCAAGCGUCCAGUCAAGGUUUUUGGAAGCUGCGAAGCGUGUACAGGACGAUUGGCGACAUAUUCCUCGUCCUGAGUUCCCGGAACGCUCUACCACGGGUGCCCUGUUUGCCGACUCCGACCAAGUGGAUAUUACGGCUGGAGACGGCACCGGUUACGGUCAAUUAUAUGUUUAAGAUUAGCUGUUCAGCUCUUUACUCAUCGUUGCCUUUGACAGCUGGUCAAGUAGUGGAUGGAUAUCAAUUUUGUACAUUCCACCUUCUUUCAAUCUACACUGCCCUCGUGUCUACUGGAAAGGUAUAUAAAUUGCCGUUCUUUGCACCAAUUAUUAGCAUGCCCAUUAAUACAUACUAAUUUUGUCAUUCCUGAUGUUUUCCAAGUCUUACCUAGUAAUAAAUAUAAAAUACUUAGGAACUCCUCUCCCUAACC